ACAUGCUUUCCGUUCAUUUCUGGCAGACUCGGGGUCCACCUACAGAUGCUGCUUCUUCAUCGGCUAAUGGCAUUCAGACCCUCACCCACCGACGCUGUCAGACAAGCAACUGGACAGGACAGCUCAGCAGCAGGACGCUGGCCACAAUCGCGGCCAGAGCCUCAGCCCCCUGGCUACAGACCACCUCUGCUGCCUCUCUUGGGAGCCCUCCCACCUCCCUCUGGAUUGCCGAGGCCCCACCACAGGGGCUGAAGAACUGGGUGGCGGUGGCAGCUGUGGCAGUGGUACCUACAGCCUUCCGGCCAGCCCAGGCACGUGGGAACCUGUUUCAGGCCACUCUGCGGCCCCUCCGGGAUCAGAGGGGGACUCAGGACAGCCUCAGCGCUCACCACUGCCUCUUCUUGUAUCUAAAACCUGGGCAAGGACUCAGAAUGGAAGGCGGUACUUCUGACAUGAACUCACAGACCAGCCUGACGCCUGCAGAGGACCCGGCAAGCCGACCACAGGACAACCCGGAGCCCAGGCAGCAGCUGCGGCCACUACCUGAGCCUUCAGCCUCUACCCAGCCUGAAGCCAAGUAUGUGGAGAUGUGUGCUUCAGCUCGAGUCGGAAGAGAGAGCCCCCAGACCAUGAAACUGCUACUGGAACACUGCCCUGAGGAGCAGGCCUCCAGGAGCCCAAAAACAAAAGCCCCGGAUGAACCCAGCAGCGGUGCCCCUGAGGCUCCAACCCCGGGGGAAAGCCCUUCUUCCGCCCAAUGUCUCAGCUCCCAGGCUUGUGAGAACGACUUCUUAUCUUCCUCCUCCUCCUCUAUGGACAGUGCAGAAGACAAUGGCCUUUCCAAAAUGGAUGGUCCCACCAAGUUACUGGGGGCCCUGGCCACCUCCUCCUCUUCCUUAGGCUUUGAGAGUGAGCCGGAAAGGGGCUGCCAGCCAUACAGGGGAGAAGAAGCCGGAGACAGGGCAGGAGCAGGAGAGGGUAGAAGAGAAGGGGUCGAUGAUGGGACAAGGUGCAAAGACAUUAUCGCCAAGUCCCAUGGCAAGAGGGGCCCCGUGAAAAACGAGGAAGCACACUACAUCACCACCCACGAGAUCCAGCUGAGCGAGGUAGAGCAGGGUAUGGAUUUCGACGUGGGACUGGCUUCUCGCUGGGACUUCGAGGACAACAACGUGAUCUAUUCGUUCGUGGACUAUGCUUCCUUUGGUGGCAGUGAUGAGACCCCAGGAGACAUCACCACUGAAGAAGACGAUGACAACAGCUGUUACGUCAGCACCACGCCAAGCACCAACACCACACGGACUCCCAGCCCCAUCAGCAGCGACCUGGCUCGCCCCAGCACGAGCAGCAGCGGCCGUGACACCAGCAGCACAGAAGUGGGCAGCGGCCCCUCUGACAGUGACACUAUUCCUCCACCCACUGGACCUGGCACUGCCGCUCCACCUGAGCCUUUGCUGGAGCCCCGGGAGGCAGCCUCGGGGGCAUCGGCCACUUCUGCAAGCAGCUGUGGGGGUGCAGCAAGCCAGAUCCUCCUAUCAAUCAAGCCAACUUCCCGGGCUAUAAAUGAACCUAGCAACGUGCGUGCAAAGCAAAACAUUAUUUAUGCUGCCAAGCAUGAAGGCGACAUGAGCCUCCGAGUCUCUACAGCUGCUGAACACAACUCAAGUUCGCUGAAGCAAAUUUCGGCUGCAGCCGUGGCUCAAGACCAUGCAAAGAAAUUCAUUGCUGUCCCUGCUCGCCUGCAAACCAGGUGCGGGGCCAUCCGGGCCAAGGAGCUGGUGGACUACUCCAGCGGAGCCUCCAGUGCAGUGAGUGAGCUAGACGAUGCGGACAAAGAGGUGAGGAACCUAACCUCCAGGGCCUUCCGGAGUCUUGCCUACCCCUAUUUUGAGGCUCUGAACAUCAGCUCCCGAGAAUCCUCUACCACACUCUCCGAGGUGGGCUUUGGACGAUGGUCAACCUUCCUAGACUUAAAAUGUGGAGGUGUUGGCGCCAGAGUGGAGCAGAGCCUGCUGAGGAGCAGUGCAGCCUCUGUGGCUGCAGGUCUGAGGAAGGGCGGUGGCGCCCGAGCCCCUGCAGAUCAGCUCUACCUUCAGGCCAAGAAGUCCCAGACCAAGGCCUUGGAGUUUGUGGUCAGCAAAGUCGAGGGAGAAAUCAAACAUGUGGAGACGCCCUUGUGCUUCCAGAAACAGGUCCAAACUGGCUCUCGGGUGGUCACGCUUCUGGAGCCCCUGAAUCUCCGCAGUGAGAGCAAAGCCAGCUCCGCCACUGGGCCCUGCAGAGUCACCAAAGGUUCUAACAAGGGUCCCGGGUCUGUGUACACGGACGAUGGAUCGGAGACAUCCGACAGUAGCAAGCCUGCCGCUCGCAGUGACGGCCCCCAGAAGAAGUCCAAAUUCGCUUCCAGUCUGCUCAAAAACGUUAUUUCCAAGAAGAUGCAGCGAGAACACGAGUUCAAAAUGGAGAGAGGAGAGGUCACUGAUACAUCUCACCAUAACCCCCCCAGCGCUAAGGAGACGGAAGGACCUCCUGGGGCUGAGAAGCCGUGGGAGCGGGGUCUGCAGAGGCAGAGUUCACGGCACUCCGAGGCUAGUUCUGAGUACACCGUGGUCAGUGUGUCUGAUGCCGGUGGAGAAGGCUCUGUGGUAGGUUCUAAGUCCCCCGUUUUCAAAGCCAGUACUCCUCGAGAGAGUAACACGGGCUCCGGCCGAAAUCUCUCCGACGGACACACAGAAGUGUGUGAAAUUAAAAAGAGUGCUUCAGAGACCGUCAAGGGCAUCUUCCUUCGGAGUCAGAACAGUGCCUUCCGGACAUGGAAGGAGAAGGAGGCGGAGAAGCUGGAGGAGAAAGUUCCCAUCGGGAAGCUGAAGCUCCCCAAAGGUGGGGACUGGAGGGCUGACCUCGGGGAGAUCUCGGCCAGCAAGUCCACCAUCAUGUCUCGACUCUUUGUUCCCAACAUCCAGCAGACACCCAAGGACAAACAGCCAGAGAAGCAGGCCACCAAAUACCCUGCUGCUGCCCAGACUACCUCCAUGGCAGUGAUCAGACCCAAGGCUCCUGAAAUCAAGAUCCGGCUGGGAAGUGUACAACAGCCAAGCUCAGACUUCAACAUUGCCAAGUUGCUCACGCCCAAGCUGGCUAGCGGCAGCAGUGGCAGCUCAAACCUCUUCAAGACCGUUGAGGAUAACAGCAGGACCCAGCAGAAACUCUUCCGAGGUGGGGACAGUCUGGAAAAGGUACCCCACUUCCAGGUGAGAGAUGUUAGAGACAAGUCCAAGGCCCCGGGACCUCUCCACCAGGUGAGGGAUGUGAGGAAGCUAAUCAAAGGGUCGGGAGAUAGCAGCGACAAGGGCAGCGUCACACCAGAGCAGGGCUUGACAGGGCCUAAGCCUAGGCAGCUGACUCCUGCCUCUGGAGGAUCCAGGUCCUUGUCCCCUAUGGUGACUAUGGUUGUGAAUCCAAAAGAAGACGGUGUGGAUCGAGAGCCCAGGGAAGGUGCGUGCAAAGCGGGGAACAGCAGUAGACUCUUGAACUCCUCCCCAGAAGGGACUGUCUUGGUUCACAGGGCAUCUGGCAGGCUGCCUGUGGCCACCAUUGCCCCCAAUAAAUCCGAGCAGGGUUCUUACCUACCUGUGCUCAAGAUCGUCUCCAAAGCUUCUGCUCAGAGGACCCCGGAGAAGCCCAAAGAGGAGGAGGUCAAGGAGGAGGGGAAAGCCCCAAAGCCAGCCCGGAAUGCCUUAGAGAAGCUGACAGCUGCUGUGAGGUCCAUGGAGGAGCUGUACAGCUUCAACAGGAAUGAAUGGAAGCGCAAAAGUGACCCCUUGCCCAUGAUGGCUGACAGCCAUGUCCUGUCACUCAUAGCCAGUGAGGAGAAGGAAGGGGUAGUUGGACCCGAAGGAGACCCUGACAAGCUGGCCAAGCAGUUGGGACAGGUGGAAGAACGGAACACGGGACACAAAGGCGGUGUGGUCCUUCGAGCGGCCCCCAUAGAACGUCUGCAGAGGAGAAACUCAAACCCCAGCACCGAGAGCGUGUCUGCCCGUGCAGCUGCCUUUGAGAACAUGGCCAGAGAAAGGCCCCGGUCUCUCUAUAUUCCUCCAGUCCACAAAGACGCAGAAAGAGCGCAACCUUUGCAGCCCCUCCCCCCACUCCCCAGCAAUCGGAAUGUGUUCACCGUGAGCGCCAGCAGCAGUGCUCAAAAAACUGGGGGCAUCGCUGGCAAGUUCCCACAAGGGCCCUCUCCCGAGGGCCUUUCGACAGCCAAGGGCAUCAAAUCACAGGGACUCAGAUCCCUCAAGAUCUCCCCGGCCACCCGAGCCCCUCCUGAUGAUGCCGCCAACAGGAAAACUGCUGUCAGUUUGGAGAAGAGCAACAGCGACUGUGAGAAUUAUCUGACUAUCCCCCUUAAGGGAACUGCUGCUUCAGGGGAGUUGCUCGGCAGGCCUGGGGCUUCCAGAGAUGGGGCCCCCAGCUCCUCAGAUGCUACUCUCUGUAGUUUACCUCCACUGAGUGCCCGCAGCCAGGUCCCCAACAACCCCAAAGGAUCUCUAGUCAGCGGAACCAGCAGACCAGCUUGGCGUACCAAACCAGACAACCACCGAGAAACAGUUGCUGCCCCCACAGGACCGCAGAGCCCCGAGCAUACUCCUACCACUAUCUACCACCAACAGGCGUUGCCCUUUACCCUCCAGGGCACCCAGCCUCAGGUCCUCUGCUUCUCCCCACCCGGUAUGCCAGCCCCAGCCCCUGCAGGCCCAGCUGCUGUCCCCACAGACCCCUUUCAGCAGACACAGCCUCAGCAGACACAGCGCAAGAUGCUCCUGGAUGUGACCACCGGCCAGUAUUAUCUGGUGGACACUCCAGUUCAACCCAUGACCCGGAGAUUGUUUGACCCCGAGACAGGACAAUAUGUGGAUGUGCCCAUGACUUCUCAACAACAGCCCGUGGCACCCAUGUCCCUCCCUGUACCUCCUCUGGCCCUGAGUCCUGGGGCCUACGGGCCCACCUACAUGAUCUAUCCUGGAUUCCUGCCUACAGUGCUGCCCCCCAAUGCCCUGCAGCCCACGCCCAUUGCUCACACUCCAGGAGGCAGUGAGCUCUCUGUGGCAGCAGAGACCCCCAGCAAAGAGACAGCGACAGCGUUCACUGAAGCCCCUUACUUCAUGGCCUCUGGUCAGUCCCCUGCCUCCUCUUCCUCCUCAGCCCCGGCAGCUACAUCCCAGCUUGUGGGCGCCAAGGGCUUCGCCCAGUUGCACGGCAAGCCUGUCAUCAGCAUCACCUCACAGCCCUUGGGGCCACGGAUCAUUGCUCCCCCGUCCUUUGAUGGCACCACCAUGAGCUUCGUGGUGGAACACAGAUGACAAGAGGCUCAGGAAAGAAGAACGGAAGGAACAGCCCCUGGAGCAAGACAGAAAUGAGAACUGUUCUUUAAUCCGAAAGUUUCAUUGUAACACUGAAUUCAUCGGGAAAACCCUUCCAGUUGUGUUACAAACUUUUAUUUCUUAUGAACCACGUGUGUAAGUUUGUAUAUUUUCCUGAACAACUCCCUAAGGUAGCUUUUGUUAUUUCAGUUUUACUAAGAUGAAUGGUUAUGUUUCUCCCCAUGAAGUAUUUCUUUUUAUACUUUAAUACCGGACAUAAGCUUUCUGGCCACCGCCUUCCCUCCUACACUUGUGACCAGGCACACAAUACACUGAGUAUUUGAAUGGUUCUUUCAAAACAGGCAGUGGGAUCUGAUUGGUUCUGUUGUAAACCAAACCAGCAAAUCAAGAAUUAGGAUCAGAAAUCACCCUGGAGUUUCUUGAGCUAUGUCGAGUCUAGCUGACAUAACCUUCUGCUUCCAGUAAUGAGUAGCUACCUCGUCGUUCUGAUUGCUGUGUUGUCUGGGUUCUUGGCCAGGUUUGGCAUGAUGUCCCAUGUAAUCCUGACAAAUGGUGGUUUGGACAUUUGUGCUUUAAUUUUCCCCCAUUUGUGCAGUGCCGUGACACUGUUUUUGCCAUAAAGCAGAAUGGAAGAUAUGGGAGAACUAGUGAUUACAUUGAAUAUUAAGUUCUUCGCUUCAGAAAGCAUAAACCCCCCAUUCUCCUUUAAGAAUCCAACCUUAGGUGUAAGUGUGCGAUGCACAUACCCCUAAUGAUUCCCUUCAUGGUUGUGUCCUGCCUCUCGCUCUUUGCAGCCUGAAGAGAAGCCUGUUUGGGGAAGGAGAUGGAAUUGACUCUGAACUUUGUUUCAGUGUUCCCAAUUCACUCCAGCCCCAACCAUCCCACAGGAGAAGCUUGUAAUUACAGUGCCUGCUUCUUGCUUCUGGUUUUAACAGAUGUUAAGAUUCCAAAUCACCCCAUGCAUUACUCACCAGUUGUAACCCAAUUCUGACUGAAUGGAUACAUUCAGCCUUUCCUAAUUGGUAUCUCAAUUAAGUGAUACACUGAAGAAUUUCUUAAUUACUUUCUAACCAAAUACCCCUUUAAAACCCAAGUAUUAAUUCUCAAGAUUUCUGUAAGGA